CGGCCCGGCUCAGUUAGCUGCUAGCCUAGCAUCGUUCGGUGUGUGUGUGAAACAGAGCAGAUCGCACAAGAGAAGAGCCUGAGAUAAGGCUCUUUGUCUCCGCGUCUCAGUUAACCUCAAGUUUCUGUGGUCUAUACCUGCAAUGGCGGACAAGGAAGCAGGUGCAUUUGAUGAUGCAGUUGAGGAAAGGGUGAUAAAUGAGGAGUACAAGAUAUGGAAGAAAAACACUCCCUUCUUGUAUGAUCUGGUUAUGACCCACGCUUUAGAGUGGCCCAGCCUUACUGCCCAGUGGCUGCCUGACGUCUCCAGGCCAGAGGGGAAGGAUUACAGUGUGCACCGGCUGGUGUUGGGCACUCACACAUCUGAUGAGCAGAAUCACCUGGUCAUUGCCAGCGUCCAGCUGCCCAAUGAUGACGCCCAGUUUGAUGCCUCACAUUAUGACAGCGAAAAAGGAGAGUUUGGAGGCUUUGGUUCUGUGAGUGGCAAGAUUGAGAUAGAAAUCAAGAUCAGCCAUGAAGGAGAGGUGAACCGUGCCCGCUAUAUGCCCCAAAAUCCCUGCAUCAUCGCCACCAAGACCCCCACCUCAGAUGUGCUGGUGUUUGACUACACCAAGCACCCCUCCAAGCCAGAUGCUUCUGGUGAGUGUCGCCCUGAUCUGCGCCUCAGAGGGCAUCAGAAAGAAGGCUAUGGUCUCUCCUGGAAUCCAAAUCUGUCCGGCUCACUACUUAGUGCGUCAGAUGACCAUACGGUCUGUCUGUGGGACAUAAGUGCUGUGCCAAAGGAGGGGAAGAUAGUGGAUGCGAAGACUAUCUUCACUGGUCACACUGCUGUGGUGGAAGAUGUCUCCUGGCACUUGCUUCAUGAGUCACUCUUUGGAUCUGUAGCAGAUGACCAGAAGCUCAUGAUUUGGGACACUCGUUCGAACAACACCUCCAAACCCAGCCAUGCAGUGGAUGCCCACACAGCAGAGGUCAACUGUUUGUCAUUCAACCCUUACAGCGAGUUCAUCCUUGCCUCUGGUUCUGCAGACAAGACCGUGGCUCUUUGGGACUUGAGAAACUUGAAACUGAAGCUGCAUUCCUUCGAGUCACACAAAGAUGAAAUCUUCCAGGUUCAGUGGUCACCCCAUAAUGAGACCAUACUGGCGUCCAGUGGAACAGACCGUCGUCUCAACGUCUGGGACCUCAGUAAAAUCGGAGAGGAGCAGUCACCAGAAGAUGCAGAGGAUGGCCCCCCUGAGCUACUGUUUAUCCACGGAGGCCACACAGCCAAGAUCUCUGACUUCUCCUGGAACCCCAACGAGCCCUGGGUCAUCUGCUCUGUUUCAGAAGACAACAUUAUGCAAGUCUGGCAAAUGGCUGAGAACAUCUACAACGAUGAAGAUCCAGAGGGCUCGACAGACCCUGAAGCCACAGCGUAACACCUCUGGCUGCUGUGUGUCUUAACCUACAACCUCAUCACAAACUGCCAAACUGCCCCAUCAGUAGUUCCACGCAGCUACUUUCCCCCCCAUCCCUCUCUACUUUACCGGUGGGACACGCCCUAAAUCACUGUAAAUACAACAAAGAAUAGUCAUGUGUAAUCCUGAUCCCCUUUGGAAUACUCAAGUGAAGUACUCUUCUUGAACUGAGUAAAUCAUUGCAUAAAGAAUCUCACCAAUGUUAUUCGCAAUGCUUGUAAAAGAUGUAUUUUUGUAACCAAAUUGGCUCUCCGUCUACACUGAAAUAUUUUAGUCAAUGCUUUUUCAGUAUAAAUAAAGUGAGUUUCUCAGACCUAAUGUGUUGAUCAAACCGCAACCCACGACAAGUGGUGACUCACAGUAACCUGCUGCUCAAGAGUGGGAACAGCUCCUUCUGCACAAGUUGGAAAUGUUGCAGAAAAAAAACAUUUUAAGUAAAUCGUAGUUUGGCUUUUUGACUCGAAGCGCAGUGACAGCUGCUGUGGCUUUGAUAAGAGGUUGUUUGCAGGUUAGCAUACUUUCAUUGCUUCAGUCUGGUCAUCACCUAUUUGCUCUGGACACUGAUUUUCACACCAGCUACUUCUGAAAGAAAUUACAAUUUUGGAGUGAAUUUGCAUAUGAAAUGUCAAUUUGUGGUCCCACCUCCCCUGCCCCAAGUCAUACAUUAUUCAUUUAAAUGUUUUCGUGAUAUAGAUUAGUGGUUGAACUUUUUCUAUGUUCAAUAUUUGUACAGUGAGUGCAUUCUUAAUAAAAUGUGUUUCAUUAGUC